AUGGCGAGCCCUGCCGAUGAAACGACUUCAUUACUUCGUCGCAAAGCCAAACGAGAUGUGUCGGAGGGCAACAUGAUUGUGACGGGCGAUUCUGCGGAGAGAAAAACUUUUGAGAUCGCCAUCCCCACCACAGGAAUUCCUGGCUGCUACUCAACCUUCCAUUGUUUCGACGACGGCACUACGUGCGAGCAAAUACACCAUCCACAACCUAGUGCUUCUUCCGAGUUCGACUUAGACACUGUUCCUGCACAUCUUCACCAAGCCUUCAGAUCGCCCGCCGAAGUAGCCAUCUCUGGAGCCAUAGCGGCGUCGAAGACGACAGUUGAGCCGACGUUGCCCUGCGAGACCGAAGAGUCGACGAGAUCACAGCACGAGAACUCCAAACCGCAGACUAUUAGAGUCGGUGACUCACAACCUCACCUCGACCAGCCCGUACCUCGACAGACGUCACAAACACUUCACAACUACAGCGCACUAUCCUCUGGAAUGAGUGACCACUCUCGACAGGCUUCAGCCGACCUCCAAAAGUCGCCAGCAAAAGAACACAAACCCCUCGUCGUCGGACGCACGAAGCCACCUCAGUUCAACAUGUCCACCCCAAAUACAGCCGCAGCCGAGGAGGAGCUCACAAAGAAUGUCGAGACCAACACCAUAUCCGCCGCCCCAGCCUCAGACACACCCACCGCACCCAAACCCAAGAAAGAGAAAGCCCCUAAACAGCCCAAACAACAGAAACCCGCACCGGUCACAGCCCCUCUCUCACCCGCCCUCAUCGACCUCCGUGUCGGCCACAUCCUCCGCGCCAUCAACCACCCCAACGCCGACUCCCUGUAUGUCUCCACCAUCGCCAUGGGCGACCCCGAAGGCACCGAGCACACCCAAGUCGACGAAACAACCGGCAAAGUAGUGCGCACCGUCUGCUCCGGCCUCAACGGUCUCGUUCCCUUAGCCGAGAUGCAAGACCGCAAAGUCGUUGUAGUCGCAAAUCUCAAACCCGUCAACAUGCGCUCCAUCAAAUCUGCCGCUAUGGUCCUCGCUGCUAGCCCCAAAGCGGAGGAAGGUGCCGAUCCGCAUGCGGCUGAUCGGGUGGUGGAGUUGGUCAAUCCUCCGGAGGGUGCUGAGGCGGGUGAGCCGGUGUUCUUCGAGGGGUGGGAGUACGGUGAGGGCAAGGGGCCGGAGAAAGUGUUAAACCCGAAGAAGAAGCAGUGGGAGGCGAUCCAGCCGGGUUUCUUCACUGGGGAGGACCUCGUGGUUGGGUUCGAUGCGGGCAAGAGCGAAAUGGAGGGCGACAAGAAAGGCGACCUGAUUGUGAAGGGAAAGGGGAAGUGCACAGUCAAGACGCUGAAGGGCGCUGUUGUGCGAUGA